AAAACGAGUAGUAUUAAUAAAAUCGGUUCAUUCUAUGCUUCGAUUUAGUUGGUAUUGCCGUCGAAAUUGCGUCCGAGUGCGUCUUUUAAGGUUCAGGCUUCAGCAUCGACACUCCGGUCAAGUUCUCCUGGUAAUCAGGACAUGCUUGAUUGAAUACACGAAACAAUGCGGAGUGUAAAAUGCUGUUUAAAUCCUAGUUUCAUAAUCAUAGCAGUGGCAGCUGUUCUUUCACAAUCACUUACGGUUACAUCUGUUGUUGUACCAAAAUCCAAUUGCUACGCCCUCGAUAAUUUUAGCAGGCUUCUUGAUUUCAGUGAUUGGGUUGGUGUUCCUUUUGCACAUGAGGGGAAAGACUCUGACUUGGUGAUCCGCUUUUGCAAAGAUGUGGAGAGUAGAUCACAAACGGGAUAUGUAGAUUUUGGUCGAUAUGAUAAGUAUAACUACUCUGUUUCUGGAUCAGGGCAUGUUUAUCUUGUUCAAGAGUUCUACAAUGGCGACCUGCUGAAUUGUGAGCACACCUUUGACAAAAUGGGACGCACUGCACAGGUAAAUAUUAUAUGCGGAAAUUGUUUAAAUGGGCAGUGUAAAGGCCAACAAAGUUGCAUAUGCAAUGUCACUUAUGAAUCCACUUGCAGAGUCAUUGUUGACUUGGCCAUUCCCUGUGAGAAAUCAGGCCCACGGAUAUUUGAGGGCUUUACUGUUGGAUUUCAUCCACGAUCAUGGGAAAUUGUUUAUAAUGGCCUGACUCAGUUGGGUUUUGAAAAAUCUCACCGUGAUUUUAGUUUCAGCACUGAACAGCAUCAUGUUACGCUUUAUCUGACUGCUAUUGCAUCCCGAUCCAAUCUUGUACAAAAACCUGUUGUCAAGGUCUUUCCAGAAAAUGGGCCGGAGGUUAAGUUAUCAGGCAGUGGGGCAACUGGGAAGCCGCCUACAACUUUAUCUCCCUCGACUUUACUUCUAGAUUGGAGAUGUAUAAAGGCCCACAAUUCCCCAUAUAAAGUUAAGAUCUCUAUUCCAGUAGAGGGCUACGAACCAAUAGAGUUUGUUCUAACAAAGAUGUGCGAAUACACACAAAAUCAGGAAGAAGAUGCUACGAGAGGGUGGGCAAUAUUCGGAAUAAUUUCUUGCAUAUUAAUGGUGUCGUCAACGCUAUUUUGCCGUGUAGGGUUUAUUUACAAGACACAAAUGGGACGCCAGCUUGGGAUUGAUGCACUGCCGGGCAUGACGAUUCUUUCUGCCUGUUUAGAGACCGUGAGUGGAGCAGGGCAAGGCUACUCGAGAGUAGAGGAUGUUAACACUGGGUCAGCCAAUGAGGUCUCAUGGGAGCGCCCAUCUAGUGCUGCUCAAGGAACAUGGACACCCAGUGAAAGCAAAUAUGGUUCAGUGUAAACUUUGCAGCCCUUCCCCUAAAAUUGCUAAUUUACUUCUCACGAAUCACAGGUACAAUCAAUUUUGCUUCAUCUAUUGUAGUCUCCUGGUGUAAGCAUCUGUAUUGCUGUUAUUUCCAGAUGUAGCAUUCAGAAAUUACUCCCAGGUCACAACUCAUGAAAUUUACGCUUUUCUCCCACCUUAUUUUAACCGAAAUAUGUACUUGAAGUUGU